UGUUUCUUUCUUCUUUCUUUCUCUAUAGUUUAUACCCUCUUAGAUAUUCAAUCCUAAAUCAAGUUUGAAUAAAAAGCGAAUUUCUAAAAUUGUUUGAAAUUCUCUCAAAAAUCCCGUCAGAGUUUUGCUUCAAUGGAGUGGGUUCGAGGAGAAACAAUCGGAUACGGAACUUUUUCAACGGUCAGCUUAGCGACACCGUCUAAUAACGAUUCCGGCGAACUUCCUCCGUUUAUGGCCGUGAAAUCGGCAGACUCGUACGGCGCUGCUUCGCUAGCCAACGAAAAAUCGGUUCUGGAUAAACUCGGAGACGACUGCGACGAGAUCGUACGGUGUUUAGGAGAGAAUCGGACGGUCGAAAACGGCGAAGAGAUGCAUAACCUGUUCUUAGAAUACGCUUCGAGAGGAAGCUUAGCGAGCAAUCUCAAGAAAUUAAACGGCCAAGGCCUACCGGAAUCCACCGUGCGUCGCCACACAGGAUCGGUGCUCAGAGGUCUACGACACAUCCACGCGAAAGGAUUCGCUCACUGCGAUUUAAAACUCGAGAAUAUUCUGUUGUUCGGUGACGGCGCCGUUAAGAUUGCGGAUUUUGGAUUAGCGAGGGGAACGGAAGAAGUAACGGCGUCAAUCGGCGAAGGAGUGCAGAUUAGAGGUACGCUGUUGUAUAUGGCGCCAGAAUCCGUUAACGAUAACGAGUACGGAUCAGAAGCUGACGUGUGGGCGUUAGGAUGCGCCGUAGUUGAGAUGUUUAGUGGGCAAACAGCAUGGAGUUUUAAAGAAGGAUCGAACUUCAUGUCGUUGUUGAUACGCAUCGGUGUUGGAGACGAGCUUCCGAUGAUUCCCAUGGAUUUGUCGGAACAGGGAAGAGAUUUUUUGUCAAAGUGUUUCGUUAAAGAUCCCAAGAAGAGAUGGACGGCUGAGAUGCUUCUAAAUCAUCCAUUCGUAGCCGUCGAUCUUGAUACCGACGGUUCAGAAGAAGCUUUCGCUGUUCAACCGAAAACAGAGGACGUUUCGACAUCGCCCAGAUGUCCAUUCGAAUUUCCCGACUGGGUUUCGGUUUCUUCCGGUUCACAAACGCAAUUCGAUUCGGCGGAGGAGAGAGUUGCAAGUCUGGCGACUGAUUUGAUCCCUGACUGGUCCGUCGUCAAUAACUGGGUCACCGUAAGGUGACGGUAGUGAUUAAAAAAAAAACAAAGUUGUAAGGCUAGAGCUUUUUUUUAUUUCUAGUCAGAUCCAACAUUUCCAAUUAAUUUCGUUGUAGAAAUAUUUGUUUAGAGAAAGAAAUUAUAGUACAUAUUUGGAUACCAAUUCUUGUAUUCUUGAGCCCUGAACAUUAGUAUAUUGAAAAACCAAUCUUUGUAUUGAA